AUAGAACGUCGGUAUAAUCUUUAUCAAAACUAUUAUUAUUUUAGUUGUAAAAACUGUUGAUAAUAUUAAUUGUAUUUUUUCGAAUGCAGUCUUUGACGGAAAUCAGUUUCCCCGUUAAAACGUAUAUGAGAUAUAGACAAAUACAGACAUGAGAACACCAUACGACACUCCCAAACCAAAAUCCUACGACUAUAUCACCAUAAAUAGGUUUCAUUUGCCAGAUGAUGAUGAAUUCAUCGAUGAUUUUUGUGUGAUUGAAAACGAUAAAUUAUCUUUUAACCUUUUGACUGAUGUUUGCAUACCAAUUUCAUUGCUCCUUGUCAUAGUUAUAUGGGGCUAUAAAAUGGAUGCAAUGGGAGUGGAUGCGGAUGGUACAUUAGUAUUAGUGUAUGGUAUUGUACUCAUUGUAGCAACUGGUGCAACAUGUGGAUAUAUCGCUUUGCGAAUGACAGCUACACCAACAUAUAAACCAAUUUCAAUGUUACCUAGAGAGGUGAAGCAUAUUCCUUUAAAAAAGUCAAAUUUUCAAAUGAAUUCUUAUCAAACAAUACCUGAAGUGCAUCGAAACGGAAAAACCCCAACAUUAACAUUUAUGGUUUGAAUGAAAAUCAUACUUAAAAAAAAAAAUAAAUUCAUUGAAUUUAUUAUUUGUAAAUAAAAGAAGUACAGAACUUAUAGUUCAUAAUGAAAGUUUGUAAUAUUUGUAAACGUAUCAGUAUUACUAUGAUACUAACUCAUGUAUACUUAAUAUUCAACUUUCAAAAUAGAUAUUAUGUAAAUAUAAAUGAUUUGUUAAUUUUUAAAUAUAAUGAAUCUUGAUAUAGU